AUGGUGUUCAAGGGGCGGUUCUUCUCCUCAAAGAAGUCGGAGUCGUCGAGCCCUGAUGGAUCCAACAGCCCUAAGACGCCGUCCUUCGGCUCCCCCAACAGAUCCGAGAAGAAGAAGGUCAAAUCCUCCCAGGAUGAGGCAGGGGUGGGCGGGGUCGUCUUCCGACAGAACCUGAUCAAGGACGCCGUGAAGCAGAACCAUCAGCAGCAGCAGAAACACAAGGAGAAGGAGAAACACAGCAAGGAAGGAAAAGGGAAGGAAACCGCUGGCCCCUUCUCGAAUGCUACUGUCACUGAGUUCCCGCAGUCUGCUCCGGCAAAGCUGCGGAAAAAUCCACCGGCCAAGGAUGGGUUGCCCCUGACCUCUGGUGCCGGACCGGAGAUGCUGCCGCCAAUCCUGGCCUCCUCCCUUGGUUUAAACAGGAUUAAAACGAGAUCUGGGCCUCUGCCACAGGAAGGAGCUGGAAUCGGUCUGCGAGCGUACCACAGAGGAUCAAACCUUGGAACCAGCAACUUUGCCAAAGGACAUGCGGAUGGGUGUUCGACUUCUUCGGCCUCAUCUACUACUACUGCCGCAACUUGGACCAUGUCGGGGAAGAGCAGUGGCAAGAAGAAGAAUGUAGGUUGUCUCGAGAGGGUUGCCCACUCACAAACAAACUCUCAUGCUGAUUUCGACUCAAAUCGAGCGAAGGACCGGGUUACUGGUUCAGAUGAUCUGACUGACUCCAACCUUCGGAUUUACGAGCCAUCGGCUGCUCAAACAGGUUGGUGAUUGGUGAAUGUUGAGUGCCUGCUGUAUCUGAAAGCUAAUGUUAUUUUCCAAGAUAGAAACGGCUACCCUCAUCAGAACUAGAACGUCUAAAUGAUAUGGUAACGCUUGGAAAGUGACCAUUGCCUUCUGAGUUUGUGUGGAAACAUUCACUUCAUUGUCUGUCUCUGGAGAAAUCCGUGUUUUUCCUCGUUCCUGUAUAAUUACUACACUUCUCUGUGAAUCAUAUCCUAUCCUCCCCACACGGUGGAGCUUGAGUUUUUAAGAUAUGUCAGACGAGACUCAACUUAAACUCCUUAUGUACUCUUUGCUCGCUGUCUGAGAGCUCCACUCAUCACCCCUAUCACUCGACAACCUGUUGCUCUUCUCAAGAGAUUUACAAUCUGUCUUAAAACAGGGGUUUCUGCUUAGUAGCAAUGCAGCAAAACAUGAGAAUUUUUGUGAAGGGCCUUUGGUAAGCUAGUGAACUUAAUUCAUCUGGCACAAACUAAAUGUUUCCUUGACAUCAAUUUGGAACAGAUUCUCAGCAAGUGAACUGGAUAUCUGUGGUCUAUCAUGAUAAAAUAGUGCCUUCCCUACAGCAUAAAAGUAACUCCUUCCAGUUUACCCUAUUAAGGAAUGUGUUUACCAGAUUAUGUUGUUCAUUAUCAUGUUAUUUUUAUGAUAUUUGUCACCUGGCAUCUGAUCAUCUAGCUUAAUAACGAUGAGCCCAAACUAAUGUUGAAUAGGAAGUUCCGUUUAAAGUCUGGUGUCAUUUGAACCUGCUUCGAUCCAAUGCAUGACACUAGCUCUGGAUAUGGAACAUAGAUUCAUAAACCUGCAGUCACUGUGGGGACCCAAACCCCUGUAUAUUUUCAGAUUGAAAUUCGGUGUAUCUGGCAAUCCAAAGUUUUCAAUGACUUUGGAGCCUCUGAUUUGGUUCUGAGUGAAAUAGCUGGGAAUUGGUUGACAUCUCUUUUGGAUUUUGAUUUACGAUGAACUAGGCAUUCACUGCAAUUUUUUCUCUUGUGACUGUAGGAAGAGUAAAAGGUGGAAGAAGAGAAGACCGUAGGAAACAAUUUUCAGGAGGAAUAAAAAUAUGGGAGGAAAGUUCACCACAAAAGAUAAGAUUGGGGAAACUUGAGAGGAAAAAUCCUUGACGUUGAUCCAUCAUCUGAUUCAUCCUGCUGAUAGUACACAAAUGAGAUCCCCCCCAUCGCAUUCUGAAGCCAUAUUGCUAGAUGAUAAGGCUUGGGAACUGAAGACAUUAUGGAAUUUACGAUUUACAGUCAUUGUGGUUACGCUCCCUUAUGUUGCCCUCCAUCUCCCUCUGCCUCCUGCUGCUUCCUAUCACUAAUAGGAUACCCACCCCUGACCACUGCUGCUGUUGUUUGGAAUCAGGGAAAGAUCUGGUAGAUGCGGGGCGCUAGAGUAAUAAGCUAUGGAUGGAACUUUUUUUAGAACUUAUUAUUGAACGCCAUUGUUUUAACUCACUGCAUAUUAGCAAUGUCUUACAUAUACUCUCUAUUAGCUGAUCCAAAUCAGCAUCAGCUUGGGCAAUCCAAGAAGUGAUCCUGAUUCUCCCGACCCUGUUGAGGAUAACUUCACUUUGUACCACCAUGAAGAAGAAUGGAUAAUAGGACUGGAGCUAUGAUUCGAUACUAUGACGCAAUCCACUUAUAUCCAUAAUUGAAUCAGAUUUUUAUUUUAAUUUUUUUCCACUGUGAACUAAAUACGGGAGAAAGUUCCGAUGCUGUUGUUCCACAGUAGGCAAUGUUUUUCUGUUAUGCUUCUAAACCUGCCUUACAAAAUUUAUUGACCUUUUGCACACUUACUUCAGUUGGAUUUAAUGUUGCUAUUGCUUUUUGUUGGAAUUGUGAAUGGAUCAAAUCUUCUCACUUCCCAAAACCUUCGGGUUUAUAUUUUCAAACUUGAUAUGCAGGCAUGUCUUCUGUUUUAUUUUUCUUGACGUUAUAGCCUUUUCUUUUUGUAAUUUUUCUUAUAUUUCUAUCCUCCUGCUAAUUCUACAUUUCAGGGAAAAUCAAUUCAUCAUGGAACCAUUUUGAAAGUAUAAUCUCUCAUGCGUGUACUCAACCUCCAGAAACUGAGGUAACAUCCAUGUGAUAAUGUUUUUUUCAAUGCUAGUGUUUUUUUCAUCAUCAAUGAAGCCUCCCCUGUCAAUCAUGUCUUUUUUCUUUAAGUGGGCAUUAUGUCAUGCUUUUUACAUAUGUUAAUGGUUGGAUGUAAAUUCAAAUGCCCACUAUCAUGCCCGAACCUGCAGAAAAUUUUAGAUUGUGGAAAUUGUUGUACCUUCAUAUGGAUUGACUUGCCAUCUUAGUCAUUAUUAAGCCAGGCACAGCAGGAUAAGGUUGUUAAUGAGUCAGUUCAGAUCUCCAAGUCUGAGCCACUGAGAUUUAUUAUUGUCUUUUCUUUUACUCAUAUAGUAUUGAAUCUUUGAUUUCCGGUCACCCUUUGCUGUAGUUAAAUGUUCGGUUAUUUUUUAAAAUUUGCUUAUACACAGAACAUGUGUAUGUUUAGUUAUUUACGGCUGGUAUUCUGGCGUGAAGUGAUUUGUAAGCUUAAUGCCUGAUGCUUAUUUAGACAUUGUGUGAUUGAUUAAUUGAAUCUCUUAUGUUGCAGUCUUCAUAUGAUGCUUGCGAAACUCCCAAGGAGUCGGAGUCCCCUCGUUUCAAAGCCAUAAUGCAGGCUACAAGUGCACCCAGGAAGAAGUUUCCUGCUGAUAUAAAAAGCUUCUCACAUGAGCUGAACUCCAAAGGGGUGCGACCGUUUCCAUUCUGGAAGCCCCGUGGCAUAAGUAAUUUGAAGGUAAGAACUAAGUUUGUAUUCUCAUUUUGGAGGUCCAUUUAUGCAUCAUUUGGCUAUAGAUUUAAUUUCAUUCGUCUGAUGUAAUACUUUUGCUUAUAACACAUGCUUGGAUGCUGCUGCUACAGAACAAAUUCCCAUCUCACAUUUAUUGUUUUUCUAUACAGGAGGUUCAAAAAGUUAUUCAGGUGAAAUUUGAGAAAGCAAAGGAAGAAGUAAACUCAGAUUUGGCUGUUUUUGCUGGAGAUUUGGUUGGAAUAAUGGAAAAGAAUGCAGAAAGCCAUCCUGAGUGGAAGGAAACCUUGGAGGAUUUGUUGAUACUGGCCCGGAGUUGUAAUAUGAUGACAGCUAGAGAGUUCUGGCUCCAGUGUGAAGGCAUAGUUCAGGAUUUGGAUGAUCGUCGUCAGGAACUUCCCAUGGGUGUUUUGAAGAAACUUUAUACACGUAUGCUGUUUAUUCUCACGAGAUGCACACGAUUACUUCAAUUCCACAAAGAGAGCGGGUUUACUGAAGAUGAAUUUGUUCUGGAUCUUCGGGAACCCAAAAUACUUCAUUCUGUUGAUAAACGUUCAUCAGCUAUUGAAGGAGAUGAAAAGGGUUCAAGAGUCGCAAAAAGUCCAGCUGAGACUGCUACAAAGAAAUCGUAUAGUCAGGAACAGAACAGUCUGAACUGGAAAAGCCAGGAGAUUAAGCCUGCACAUUUUUUUCCUCCACCUGCUUUGGAUAAUGUAAGUGUAAGUACAGAUCUAAGCCAGGAGCGGGUUGCCUCUUGGAAGGCUUUCCCAUCCCCAACAGUGAAAAAUCAGAAAGGAAUCACGCUUACAAAGGAUGAAGGGCAUGGAGACCCUUUGGAGAUCUUGGAGAAGGAGGAAAAUAGUUUUGAUGUGGAUAUUAUUGAAAGCAGUCCAGAAGUACAUAAUUUAAAGGAUUCUUCUGCUGCUCCUUCCAAGCACCAGCACAAGGUAUCUUGGGGUUAUUGGGGGGAUCAACAAUUUACUCCUGAUGAGAGUUCAAUAAUGUGUCGCAUAUGUGAGGAAUAUGUUUUAACAUCCCAUGUGGAGGGUCACUCAAAGAUCUGCACAAUUGCUGAUCGAUGUGAUCAGAAAGGUCUAAAUGUUGACGACCGACUUCUUAGAAUUGCUGAGAUCCUGGAAAAGAUGAUUGCAUCGUCUUUACAGAAGGAUACACAUAUGAGUGACAGCCCUGACCUUGCCAAGGCAAACUCAAGUGUCACUGAGGAAUCUGAUGCUCUUUCUCCAAAACUUAGUGAUUGGUCCCGACAAGGCUCAACUGAUGCAAUCGAUUGUCUCCAUGAGACUGAAAAUUCUUUUUUAAUGGAUGAUCUUAAAGGUUUGCCGACUAUGACGUGUAAGACUCGUUUUGGCCCAAAAUUUGAUCAUGGAAUGGGUACAUCAUCAGCUGGCAGCAUGACUCCUCGGUCACCUAUUGUGACACCACGGACCCGACACAUCGAUUUACUUUUAGCUGGAAAGGUGGGAUUUUCUGAAAGUGAGGAUAUCGUACAGGUGGGCUUUAAUGCUGGAAACCUAUAUUAAGAGUUAUUGAAACGUAGCUACUUGCAUUUUCCUAAAAUGUUGUUUUUAAGUAUAAACUUAAUUAUAUAGUUGACUAGAAAGGUACAGCAACCACAAGGUACCUCACUUUAAAGCUGUUGUUUUGGUUUAUAUGCUAAUACAAUUUACAUUACCGUUUCAUUCAGGAGACGCCUUGGUUAGUUAUCUGUUUUUAAUUUGCAGUCCGAGUUUAUUUCCCUGAUCGUUCCUUUUCUAUGAAUUUUCUGAAUGUUAUAUUAUAUUUUUUUACUUCUUGAAUCUACAAAUUAUUCUGCUUGUAAUGUUCUCGUAAUCUUACCCUUUUGGUCCACCUCUUUCUAUUACGAUAAGUAAUGUGCCAUCUAGUUGUUAUAGUUCUCUUUCCAUGCUCAUAAAACUGGGGUUUCAGUACAUCAAGCAAACUUUGUGGCUUAGAGUGCAUAAAGGACAAUUGGGAUGUGUACGUAAUGGCAAAGAGCAAAAUUUGCGUCCUCAUCAAGGUCGAUUUUCUUUUGGUAGUCAUACCCUCAGACAUUCAUUUGUAAUCCUUUCUGCUUUUCUUUCACCUUUACUCCUAUAACCCGAGAGCUUAGGAAUUCUAUUCUGCAGAAUUCAAACUUCCUUUUUCAGUGCUCCAUCAUACUUUACAAUGUUGUGAGAUUGUGGGAUCAAAAUAAUAUAUUGUGAGGCAGACUUCAUUUUUUUUAAAAAAGAGUCAGAGAUAUUUCUUUGGUUUUUUUUCUUUUUGAGAAUGGGGAUGUUAUUCGGUUGGCUUUUGUUUCUUGCAUAAAUCUGUCAUUAGAUCACUGAUCUUUCUAUGGUGCCAAAUCUUUCCACUGUUGCAUCCCAUUUUAUUCAUAUUGUACUUCGCACUUUCAGAUAGUGGAUGGUAGAUCAAUGAUUUCAUCCGUUACUACCUUUGGUGUAGAUUGAAGAACUUGCAGAUAUUGCUCGGUGCAUAGCCAGUACAUCUAUAGAUGAGGAAUCAUCCUUGCAGUAUCUGGUUUCCUGUCUGGAAGACCUACAAGAAGUUGUUGAUCGGCGGAAGCUAGAUGCACUUACCGUUCAGACUUUUGGAGCACGCAUUGAGAAACUCCAUCGGUUAGUUUUAUGGUGCUAAAUAUUUUUUUUCUCUUGUGAUUUGGCUUGUUCCACAUUCUCGACUAUAGUCCCUGUUGCAUUCUGCUACUAUUAGUUUUUUUUAUUGUACUUGUUUUUGUGAACAUCUGGCUUCUUAUUGACUGCAUUUGCUUCAUGAUUUUUAGGGAGAAAUACUUGCAGCUAUGUGAUAACAUUGAUGUUGAGAAGGCUGAAGCGACUACCUUAAUGGACGAAGAAAAUGAUGUUGUUCGAAGUUUGCGGGCAAGUCCUGUUCAUCCUUCUGUCAAAGACAGGACGUCUAUAGAUGACUUUGUGAUCAUAAAACCCAUCAGCCGUGGUGCAUUUGGUCGUGUAUUCUUGGCAAAGAAAAGGACAACCGGUGAUCUAUUUGCUAUAAAGGUGAGCUGGCUCGUUAACAAAGUGUCAUCAUAUAGCUAGCUUAAUGUUUCUGAUCGAUUUACAAGAACCAAAAAUUCAUUGGAGGCUGGCUCAGGUAGUUCCCAUGUAUUUGGCAUUUAAACUCAGAAUGCCAAAUCAAAUUAAAAAUAUUUACCGACUGCAUAUAUAUAUAUAUCGAAUUAUUCUUGUAAUUACUGAAUACUCUUUGUGCACGUCCUAAAGUGUGUGAUGGGUUACUGAUUAAAUGUGCAGUACAUGAUACGCUUAAUAAGACUAGAGUCCUCUGUGUUGGCUAUAUAUGUGAAUAUAUGCAUGAAACAGAUUUUGGUGGGUUGGACUUUUACAGCAUUGAUAUACGUAUUGCUACUUAUCAUUUAUAGAUUUCCAUGGAUCUCUUGUUUCACUGUGUCACCUCGCUUCUCUGUCUUAUGAGUUCUCUUUGACUACUUGCAAUAUUCAGUUUUUGGUUUUGUUUGAUGCCAUAAAUCUUCCGAAUUUGUCGUCCAAAUGGUAGAUUUGGCUCAUAAAUUAAGUGUUCGUGUUCAUUUAUGAAAAAAUUAUCCAGGUUCUGAGAAAGGCAGACAUGAUUCGUAAAAAUGCUGUAGAGAGUAUUCUUGCCGAGCGGGACAUUCUUAUAUCUGUUCAGAAUCCUUUUGUGGUGAGUUCCACCUACCAAAGUUCAUUGGAGAUGAUAAUCAUUGUUUUUACUAUUAACAAGUGUUUGAUCAGGUCCGGUUUUUUUACUCUUUCACCUCCCGGGAGAACUUAUAUCUUGUCAUGGAGUACUUAAAUGGUGGUGACCUAUAUUCAUUAUUGAGGAAUCUUGGUUGCCUGGAUGAGGAUGUUGCUCGUAUAUAUAUCGCAGAAGUUGUAAGUUCUAUUUUUCUGGCAAACUCAUUAUCAAACAUUUGACAGUUUCUAUCUGGCCCUUUAUUCGUGAAAUUGAUUUUUUUGCAGGUACUUGCUUUGGAAUACUUGCAUUCUCUUCAUGUGGUGCACCGAGAUUUGAAACCUGAUAAUUUGUUGAUUGCGCAUGAUGGUCAUAUCAAGGUUAACUGCGAUCUUACUUCUUGAGUUUUUUUUUUUUUCCCAAUACAUUCAUAAGUUUCAGCAAGGGCCUUUUUUCUUUCAAGAGUGUGUCAGUUUUAAUGUGAGUAUUCAAUUCAUAUCUAAUGAAUACGUUUUGAUAGCAAUUCUUUAUUGUUAUUCUUAUGUAAAUUUUGAGCCAAAUUAAACGCCGAUUCAGCAUAAUAUGACAAAACAUGUAAGCCUGAUCAUUCUAUCGCCAUCCCCUUUCAUGCAAGAAAAGGGUAAGCCUCCCACACGGGUGGUAGGGAUUUGCGUUCAAACCAGUUAGAUAUUCCUGUCUCUGUGUUUAGAUUUUCGAUUCCAUUUUUGUUGCGCAUGCAAAUGUGCUCCUACAUGAGCAAUGGCAUUAAAGUAGACAAGUUACAGAGGAUCAUUAUCUUAACAAUUCAGAAUAUGUUUAGCAACACGAAGUCAUGUGAGGAGCUGAUGGACCAGGGAAGGCGGACAGUGGAUACCCACACCAUAUUCCUCUUUAUCCACUUUUUGUUUGGUUCCUUAAAUAAGCUUGUUUGGCUGGCUAGAUUCUUCAUACGCUUCUUAUGCAGAAUGAUUAUCUGCAUUAACAGUCACCUAGAACAUCCAGGCAGAGUAGUAGAACCUUGUGAUCAAGGUUUCCAUUUUUCCGAAUUUUUUUUGAUGGACAUACACGGUGAAUUAUUGUGAUCUAGAAAGAGUUUUCUGACUGUGUUAGCCAUUGAUGUCUUACCCUAGGUGUCAUCAAAGAGGAAGUCAAAGAAUUCAAGUGCUUUCACAAUGCACUCACAGGAAUAAACCAAAAUGUCAGCAUGUGUAGCUUAAAAAUUGAAUAAGGGCAUCUACAUUGCUCUUUGUUGUGAAUUUUCUUAUUUUAUGCUGUUUUAAAUCUCUCAUAUGCAGACGAAGACGAUUGAUCAUCUUUUGUGGAAUAUGGGAUUAUCAAUGUGUUGUGGAAUAUUAUUUAUAAUGCAGCCCAUAAUCUUGUCGGUAAUGAUUCAGAUAUUUUUUUCAGUUAUAAAAUUGGCGUACUACAUGUCUUGUGCUGUAUAUCUUGACCGGUGGAUGAUUCUCUUACCAGCUGUCCUAGAGACCAUAUUUAGGGAAAGGAAUUUCAGAAAUUCUAACAGAAAUUCCUAAAAAAAAGACAUUCUACAUAUCUUCAUUGCUCAUCAAGAGCAAUGGAAAUUAGAGGGUGACCUUCAAUCUUGCCUGAUUAAUUUUGCAAAGAAAAGGGAUAACUUGAUUUUCUGGCUUUCUUCCCUCUUUCUCAUCAGCCAUCCUGUUGGAUGAGGGGUAGGUUUUUCUCCUUUUUACCGUAUUGUGGCAGUACUAUACUGUUGUUGCCUCGCUUUUUCCCUUUUUCCUUUGUUUUCUGUUCGUUACUUUUUCUGCUAUAGCUUCUUUUUUAAUACAACAUUAGCAUAAGUCACCUUCUAAAAAUAAUACUCACUUGCACCGUAUCAUCAUGAAAUCUCAAACAUCCGGCAGGAAAACAUCUCAAACUCCCUUUUUCCUUUUGUCUUCUCGUUAAGUUGUCUCUUUUGGACAGUCUUUCUUUUAUUUCGCUUUCCUUCUCAUGAAAACAUAGCCGCGUUUGAGAUUGUACAGCACAAAUUAAUUUUGUGAUCUGGGCUGUAUUUUGACAAUUCUUUCUUUAUAACAGUUGACCGAUUUUGGGCUUUCCAAGGUUGGGCUCAUCAAUAGUACUGAUGAUCUAUCUGGGCCAACAGUUAGUGAUAUACUACUUUGUGAGGAUGAACCUCAAUUAUCUGUAUCUGAGGAUCAGAAAGAAAGGCGAAAGAAACGCUCUGCGGUUGGUACGCCUGAUUACUUGGCUCCCGAGAUCCUCUUGGGAACAGGGCAUGGUAAGUUACAAUCUUGUUUACAUGUAGUAGCACGCAGAUAUUUCCCAGUAGCACGUAGUGAUUCUCUGCGGCUGGCACACCUGUAUUCUUCCUUUUUUUUUUUUGGUUUCUGCUAAGCUUCUAUACGUUUUGAGCAAGUCGUGUUCAUUCAUACAGGUGCAAGUGCUGACUGGUGGUCUGUGGGUGUGAUUCUUUUUGAACUCAUCGUUGGGAUUCCACCUUUUAAUGCAGAGCAUCCUCAGGUCUUUCUUUUUGGCAUUUGUCUUUGAAAUCUAUUGCCUUCCCAUCAUUUCAUCGUUUCAGGAAUUUCUACAAAUAUGUGCAAGGAAGACAAUUUUCUUGCAAAAUUCAUGAUGUCUACUUUUAUAUUUCCAUGGUAUUAUCUUUUACUAAUUUUUCAUGCUGUUAUAUGAAUAAGCCUUACCGUGCUGAUAAGAGGAAUUUUGAUUACAACAUUACAAAUAUUCAUGAUGUCACAAACACGAGACCGAAGGGGAAAAUAUAGAAAGGUCCUUGAGUGGUGGAAUGGUCUAAAAGAGAUUAGUAUUGACAAUAAAGUUAAGAUCCAGAAUAGUUAAUAAUCUGAACCAUGAGUUCUUGCCAUUGGUGAGUCCUGCACUCUGAAGAAUUACUUUUAUGGUCUUAUCAUCCUUAUCAUCAUCAUCAUCAUCAUCAUCAUCAUCCUCAUCAUCGGUGUCUGAAUCCUGUCAACCUUGGUUCCUACCAGACUUAAUGUUGUGUUAUAGAUUGUCAUUUUUGUCAUCUAGACUACCAACUAACAUCAUAUUUUCAUUGAUUGUACGAGAGGCCUAGUUUUGAUAAUUACUGCAUUUGUAAUUGUUGCUAGUUCGCUUGUUGUGCUUGUAAUAUUCUGAAAAUGAUAAAUAACAGAAGAAAAAUGUAGAAUGAAAUGUAAUAAAAAUACAUUCAAGAAUUGAGAAAGCAUGAUUAUCUAAGCAUGUCAAUAAAAAAAUACAGUAUGAUUCUUGUGAUAUUAAUCAUUAUCUUGUUAAACCUUGCUAUUAAUAAAGAAUCUUGGAAACCCAUGUGCGAGAAGGCAAACAUGAUCGUUAAAUGAAAUCUGAAAAUGUUGAUUGGUAUGUGGUCCAUAGCUCUGAAAAGAAUUGGUGUACAUCAUUCGUAUCCCACAUCAACAUGUAGACAGGUUAAGAACCCAACAACCAGAAAUCAAAAUAAUAGAUUCCCUUCAUUCAGCCCACUCUUUUACCUUGUCACCCGACCACUUCAAAUCUCGAAAGCAUACAACUUCGCCUUUUAGAAUACCUUUGCUAUCCCCCUUCCAAAUAAGUCAAAUGGUUGUAUGAAACAUGACCCGCCGAGUAUUGUGAUCCACAUUCUAUAUCUGAUGUUUUCUUCAGCCUGAUAGAAGUUUAACCGUAUAUUGUUUGGCAUUGCUGCUGUAUAUGUAUGUUAAUCUAGAACAAUUGUCAAAUUUCCUGAGAGAAAUAUCAGAAGAAUAAGAUUACGAAGUUUCUUCUCUCUCCAAGCAGGCUAUGCAUUGUGUUUGUUAUCCACAAAAAUAGCCUAAAAAAUCUAAAGUAUAAGUCAACUAUGUGAAAUCCUGUCCGUCAGAAUCUUAACUUUUGGCUUCAAGAAGGCUAAAUUAAGGUAGGAACGGCCAGAAGAUUGUGGAACGAGAAGAGGAGGGAGAUAUCUAGGUUAAAGCAUACGCAUGAGACGUUUCAAUCUGCAAGGGUUAGCUGAUCUAAGUUAGGCAAAGUGUCAAUAUUGCUGUAUAGAUGGAUUUGACGUCUUGCCAGAACUACGACACAGUCGAGGAAAGGAAGCACAGUACAUCAGUGAGCAUAGUAUCUCCAUGGGAUGGUGGCAAGUUGCAAGGCAUAAAAAGGUUAUGACCUGGGAAGUAGAGUCAUCUUGCCUUUUUAGGACAUUGACGAUCAGAAUAUUUUCAAGAAAUUAAAAUAUUAAUUUCGGCGAAAAAGUUUUAACCAACUUUUGAGGAUUAUCUGUCUGUCUCAGAGACCGACUAAGAAAGAAAAAGCAAACGCUUGAUGAAUAUUAUUUAUACUGUCUAUCAACCUCUAUUUCUGGACGGACAGGCUGUCAGAUCAAUCUCCUCUCUCUCUCUCUCUCUCUCUCUCUCUCUCUCUCUCUCUCUCUAGUGUGAAUAUUUAUUCUGUAUCGUGUUUAUAAAUGUUCAUCACGGUGUUAUUGUUUUCUUUCUCAUCUCGCUCUUGUCCGCGUGCAGAUAAUAUUUGAUAACAUACUCAACAGGAAAAUACCAUGGCCUCAAAUACCUGACGAAAUGAGUUUUGAAGCACAUGAUUUAAUAGACAAGUAAGGAAAUCUGAAGAUUAUUUAGUUCUCAGUGCCGCGCUGGAUUUUAUUUCCCUUAAUGAAUAAGUAACUGAGCUAAGUUUUGUGAUCUUUCUGGCUUCAGUCUGUGUGAUAUGCAUGCGUUUGAUUGUAGAAAGCAAAGCGAGAUCAGGCCGCAGAUUUCUCUCUCUCUCUCUCUCUCUCUCUCUCUCUCUCUCUCUCUCUCUCUCUCUCUCUCUCUCUCUCUCUCUCUCUCUCUCUCUCUCUCUCUCUCUCUUGAUUCCCCUUCUUUUAUUUCGAGAUUAAUGCCCCCAUUUCCCAAUACAGAUUACUAACUGAAGAUCCCAGCCGGAGGCUUGGUGCCAGAGGAGCAUCGGAGGUCGACCUGCUGUUUUUUUCUUCUUCUUCUUUCUUUUCUGAACUACCCUUGCGCUUGACCACCGAACCGAGCUUCCAUCAUAACACCCGCUCGCCUUGUUUGUACAGGUGAAGCAGCACGAAUACUUCAAAGACAUCAACUGGGACACACUCGCCAGACAGAAGGUGACCAAAAGCACGCACGUUGGCCCCCUCACUCACGCAGAAAACCUCACCCGAACCUCUCCCACCAAUCACUCCUGCAGGCUGCCUUCGUUCCUUCAUCCGACAGCGCACUCGAUACGAGCUACUUCACCAGCAGAUACUCGUGGAACCUGGCCGACGACCGCCUCUACGAGGCCAACGAGUCCGAAGACUCCAGCGAGAACGGGAGCACCAGUGGCAGCAGCAGCUGCACCAGCAGCCGUCACAACGAACCGGUACGCCAUGAGAAAUUGAUAUUCACUUAAAUACUAUCAGAAUUCGAUAAAUUACUUCUUUUUCUUUUUCUCUUCUUUUUCCCCUUACCAGGGAUAUGAAUGCGGUGGGGGGCUCGCCGAGUUCGAGUCCGGAGCAUCGGUCAACUACUCCUUCAGCAACUUUUCCUUCAAGGUCUCUCUCUCUCUCUAGAAUCCCUCCUCUUCUCGGGCUUUCUCUCUCUAUCUUGAUCAAGCUCCCGGUGCCUUUUCUCUCUCCCAGAAUCUCUCUCAGCUCGCGUCCAUCAACUACGACCUACUCUCCAAGGGUUGGAAGGAGGACCUCCCCGCAAACCCCGAGCCAUGA